CAUUUUAUUACGGCUGAGCAGCGUUCGCAGAACUUCAGAAGCAGCAGUUUCAAAUUGUAGCUUGAGUGGUGAACGUCGUCGGGUCGUGAAACCACCGUGAAGCAAACCAAGUACUACACAUAACUUGAAAUUUUUGUUAACAACAAAAAAUUAUAGAAGAGAAGAAGAAGCAUUGUUGUAAUUUACAAGUAUUUUUGAAUUGCAAGAAAUACGAAAAUAAAAAAACGUAAAGUUUUGAAAAUUAUUAAGAGAAAAUAAUAAACAAGAAAAGUGAAUUAUUUAAUGGAAGUUUAUUAAAAAAGAAAUAUAUAAAGAACUGAAAUAAAGUUUAAAAAAACUUGAAGAUAAAAUAAAACACAUUCCCCUAAAUGAAAUAAAAUAGUAUUGAAAAAAGUUAUUAAAAAAUAAACAAUUUUAUUAAAAUAAAAAUAAAAACGUGUUUCUAAGGAAUUUUGACAAUUGUAAAAAAGAGUUUGUGUUUUUUGCAAUACCGUUACUUUUCAAUUGCCAAGUAACAAAACGUUACUCUCACCAACUAAAACAAAAAAAGCAAAGCAAAAAUAAAUGUCAAAAACCAUGUGCCGUCUGAAAUAACGUGACAAUUUUUUACGUACGAUUUCAACGUCGUCGUUACGCUGCUACAAUUUGUUUAUAACAAUCGAGAUACGACAACCAACACAAAAAAUAUGAAGAAUUUUAAAGAAAUUUUUUAAAAAAGAAAUUUUAUAUUUUUUAAAACGAAAGAAAAUUCUUUUCAACGACGGAGUGUUAAACGAAACGGAUUCUUGAAAUUUGAAGCGAAAAAAAAGAAAAUCGAAAUAAAAACCUACCUCCCCCACCACAGCGCACCUUCUGGAAUUGUGCACCAAGCGUUUGUGUUUGCUUUUCUCCUUUAGCAGCCGCAGUCUUAGAAAAACAAGGAUUACCAAAGUUUUUCUAACAUCAAUCGCCAUCAUCAUCAUCUGAAAAAAGCAAACUUCACAUACGCUCACCAGUGAUAUAUUUCCUAGCCACUGUAAAAAAGAAAUCACCUCCAACACAAAAAAACAAAAACACUUCAACAUGCAUUGGAUUAAAUUAUUAUUAGCAGCCUUUUUGGUGCUCUCCCUUAUUAUUGAAGAGGUCCAAUCAUCCGGCUUAUUCGAACUGCGUUUAAAAUAUUUCAAAAACGAUUACGGUCGCGACAGCGAAGGUCACUGUUGUAGCGGGCAAACGGAUGCGGCGACGGGCAAAUGUAUUGGCGGUUGUAAAACACGGUUUCGCGUUUGUCUCAAACAUUAUCAGGCGAAAAUCGAUACAACAUCACAGUGUACCUAUGGCAAAGUUGUAACGCCGAUAUUGGGUGAAAAUUCCGUGAAUUUAACCGAUUCCCUGGCAUUGCAGAAUAAAGAUUACACCAAUCCCAUACAGUUUGCCUUCAAUUUUGCAUGGCCGGGUACUUUUACCUUAAUCGUGGAGGCUUUGCAUGACACCAACAAUACCGCAAAUGCUCGUUCAAGCAGUGUACUGAUACAACGCAUAUCGGUGCAACAAGUCUUGGAAGUAUCCCCCGACUGGGAGAGCAAAAAAUCCGAAUCUCAAUAUACCUGGUUGGAAUAUGAUUUUCGUGUUACCUGUGAUCCACACUAUUAUGGUUCGGGCUGUGCCGAUUUGUGUCGUCCCCGUAAUGAUCAAUUUGGCCACUAUACAUGCUCCGAAACUGGUGAAAUUAUUUGUUUGUCCGGCUGGACGGGAGAUUAUUGUGUGAAACCCAAAUGUGCCAAAGGUUGUGAACAUGGUCACUGUGAUAAGCCUAAUCAAUGCAUUUGUCAAUCUGGCUGGAAGGGACCAUUGUGCAACGAAUGCCAAGUCCAUCCUGGCUGCAUCCAUGGAACAUGCUCCAAUCCCUGGGAAUGUAUCUGCAACGAAGGCUGGGGUGGCCUAUACUGCAAUCAAGAUCUCAACUACUGCACCAACCACAAACCCUGCCGCAACAAUGGUAUCUGCCAUAACACUGGCGAAGGCCUUUACACCUGUGACUGCCCACCCGGUUUCCAAGGACAAGAUUGUGAAUUUGAAAUCAACUCCUGUGCCGAAGUAAAUCCCUGUCAAAACUCCGGUACCUGUAUCGAAGAUGGCUCAAAACGUGGCUACAAAUGUGAGUGCAAGAAAGGCUGGGCUGGACGUUUGUGCGAGGAAAAAGUCAUCACCUGUGCCGAUAAUCCCUGUGUCCAUGGUGCUUGUCGUGAUACCACCAAAGGUUUCCAAUGUGAGUGCCCCAACGGCUAUAGCGGUUCCAUGUGUGAAGUCCAUACCGAUACCUGUGCCUCAAAUCCUUGUCAAAAUGGUGGUACCUGUUCCGUAGGCUCAAAUGGCUCCCACAAAUGUCAAUGUCCCAGUGGCUUUACCGGUUCCCUGUGCGAAGAGAACAUUGACGAAUGCCAAGGCAAUCCCUGUCACAAUGGCGGCACCUGCAUUGAUAUGGUCAACCAAUUUAGAUGUCAAUGUGUUCCUGGCUAUUUGGGUUCUUUGUGUACCGAAAAAGUUGAUUUGUGCCUGAUCAAACCUUGUGCCAAUGGUGGUACCUGCAAGAAUUUGAACAACGAUUACGAAUGCACCUGUCGUCCUGGUUUCACUGGCAAAGAUUGCUCUGUCGACAUUGAUGAGUGCAGUUCAUCGCCCUGUCACAAUGGUGGUACCUGUAUGAAUCGUGUCAACUAUUUUGAAUGUGUUUGUGCCCAAGGUUUCCGUGGUCCCCAGUGUGAUGAAGAGUCCUAUGCCUCGGCCACCUAUGAUGCCCGCCAAUAUGAGGCCACCACCCAGGCCAAGCCAAGAAGUGAUGGCCUUACCAGCGGCCAGGUGAUAUUGAUUGCCAUACUCUCCGUUGCCAUGCCUUUGGUGGCCGUCAUUGCUGCCUGUGUUGUGUUCUGCAUGAAACGUAAACGCCGACGUGAUCAGGAAAAGGAUGAUGCUGAGGCCCGUAAGCAAAAUGAACAAAAUGCCGUUGCCACACUCCAUCACAAUACCGGGGGUUUGUCCAGUGUUGCCGUUGCCGCCUUGGGUGUAAAGAGAGGUAGCAGUUCCGGUCUGACUUUCCAUAACUCCAAUCCCAACAUCAUUAAAAAUACCUGGGAUAAAUCGGUCAACAACAUUGCCAGUUCGGGUUCCACUGACGACUGUCUGAUGAACACCUCCCUGUAUGGUGGAGCCAUGUCUAACUAUGCUGCCGAUAACAAUGCCAAUUCGGAAUUUUGUGGUGUUGGCCAGAUUCAGCCAUUGCAAAGGGCCAAGUCCCAAAAGCAGUUGAACACUGAUCCCUCCCUUAUGCACAGAGCCUCCCAACUAAUGGGUGCUGUUGGUGGUGGCGCUGCCGUUGCCAAUAGCAAUGCCACACAUGCACCAACCAAAGAUUAUGGAGCUGCCGGUGGUAGCUCCUCGUCUGGUGCUGCCGGUGAGGGCAAACGGAUCUCAGUUUUGGGCGAAAGUGCCUAUUGUUCUCAGAGAUGGCCAUCAUUGGCGGCCCAGGGUGUGGCCGGUAGUUGUGGGGCGGCUGCCUCAAGUUCAGCAGCCAGUGUGGCGACGUCAGGCCAAAGAUCCAUAGUAUGUGGUACUCCUCAUAUAUAAGACACAAGCACACACACACACACACUCUUAGGAAAAACAAAAUGUAGGCAAAACAACAAAUUUAUUUAGGUGUAAAGUUUUAAUGAAGAAAAGAAAUGAAACGAUGAAGAUGAUGAAGAUGAUUUAAGGAAACCAAGCGCUGUUGAAUAUUUUUAUAAAAUAUGUGUUUAAUUUUUUUUAAAUAAUUAUCACACACACACUCUCACCAACCACAUCCAAACAAAAUAAUAACUCAUAAAAACUUAUUUUUUUCCUGCUCUCUCUAUCCAAAAGACCUAAUACAAAACAGACCUCAAGAAAUAGUUUUUCUUUUCAUUUUUCCCCCAACACUCUCCUUUCUCUCUCUCUCUUUUCCACAUUUGUGUUUAUAACAAAAAGCCUGCUAUACUACUUUUUUAUAUAAGUUUAAAGAAACAUGGACUGAUUUAUAUGAAAAAAUAUUAAACUCUAACAAUUGUGUAUAAAAAAAACAAAAACUAAAACUAAUUAUUCUUACAAAAAAACAACAAAUGGAAAAAAUGUUUAUUAAGUGUAACAACAAGAUUUAUUCUCAAGAAUUUUUCUCCUUAACACUCACACUCACAUUCCUUUUUACUAUACUUUUUACUUAAACUGCUACGAAUUUGAAUUUCCACCCCACUCCAUUCUCUCUUUCUAAAACUUUCCAAAGAUUUUGAAGCUGAUUUUUUAUGUAAAUUUAUAUUGACUCUUUGAAAUACCAAAAAACCCCCAAUUCAACUCAAAAAGACAAGGCUUUUUAAUCUUUCCCCUUUAAAACCAAAACUAUUUCCCUUCCUUCCUUCCUUCCUCUUCUCACCACUCACCACUUGACGCAUGUUCGAAAUUUAUAAAAAAUUCUAAAAUAUUUUUUUGUAUAUAUAGAAAUAUUGGGUAUUCCUUAAACCCCUAAACCUCCCUCCCUACCCCAACAAAUUAAUAUAUUUUUUAUAAAAUAUAUUUCCUCCCCUCCUUUCCCCCACAAAAAUUAUUUUUAUUUAGCUUUUUUAAGUGUUUUUUCGGCUCUUUUUUGUGCAAAGAGCAUUUGAAAAAAAAUGUAAAUAUUAGUUUUAAUAAUUAUAAAUAUAACUAUAUAUAUAUAUAAACUACUAUUAAUUAUUUUAAGUUUAGCUUAUAGAAAACAAACAAACGAAUUGGAAAAAAACAAAACAAACAUAAAAACCCCAAAAAAUAACUAUUUGACCUUAAACGAACUCUA